GUUGCAUGCUGAAGAGAGCUUUUUUUAAAGAGGAUGAUAGGAUGAAGGUUGGAAUCCCGAGGGGAAAUAAAGAUGAAGAUAAGAGUGUGCCAAGGGGUUAGUGGCAUCAUCCUCGUCACCAUGGUUACCAGUCUCAUGUUGGUGUACAACAACAGCGGCUCCGGGGACAGAUCCCCUUCUUCAUCAUCCCAACGUCUAGAUGCUCCUGCUCCAUCCACGAGAAAGCCGGAGAGACCGCAGCGUCUCCCAGCACCAACACUCGAGGGGUACACAGGUGUCAUGGAUCAUAAGCCUCUGAAGAUGCACUGCAGGACUUGUGCCCUGGUGACCAGCUCCGGCCAGCUGACUGGGAACAGGAGAGGUGAAGAAAUCGACCGCUCUGAGUGCGUCAUCCGUAUGAACGACGCUCCCAGCAUAAACUACCAGCGUGACGUCGGGCGACGCACAAGCCUGCGUGUCGUAGCGCAUUCCAGCCUGCAGAGGGUGCUGAGGAGCCGGCAGGAGCUGCUCAACGCGAGCCAGGACACGGUGUUCAUCUUCUGGGGACCCAGCAGCUGCAUGAGACAGGAUGGGAAAGGCCACGUUUACAACAACCUCAGGGUUUUGAACCAUCUACUGCCCAAACUUAAAGUCUACGUCAUCUCUCGGGUCAAAAUGCUGAAGUUUGAUGAACUAUUUAAAACGGAAACGGGGAUUGACAGGAGGAGUUCCAACUCCUGGCUUAGUACCGGCUGGUUCACCAUGGCCAUAGCCGUGGAGCUGUGUGACAGGAUCAACGUGUACGGCAUGGUGCCUCCUGAUUUCUGCAGAUCCUCCUCUCAUCCCUCUCUGCCAUAUCAUUACUAUGAGCCCCGGGGGCCCGACGAGUGCUCCAUGUAUCUCUCCCACGAGAGGAGCCGGCGAGGAAGCCACCACCGCUUCAUCACGGAGAAGGCCGUGUUCGCAAACUGGGCUCGAACCCUCAACAUCCACUUUCACCAGCCGGACUGGAAGCCAGCCGCUGUCACUGUCACCGCCAGCGUGAACAGCUCCCAAGCACCGUCUCCAGCUGGAACCUGA